AUGACAAGAACCACUGUAAAGUACAGUGUUGACGGAUACAAUGUACUUGACAACAGCCGGUACCUGACGGAUGAGGCCAAGAGCUUACUAAUCGUCCCACAGCAUGACUGUCUGGGACACUCUCCACACCUGCCGGAGCAUGACUGUCUGGGCCACUCUCCACACCUGCCGGAGCAUGACUGUCUGGGCCACUCUCCACACCUGCAGGAGCAUUACUGUCUGAGCCUCUCUCCACACCUCCCGGAGCAUGACUGUCUGGGCCACUCUCCACACCUCCCGGAGCAUGACAGUCUGAGCCAUUCUCCACACCUCCCGGAGCAUGACUGUCUGGGUCACUCUCCACACCUGCCGGAGCAUGACUGUCUGGGCCACUCUCCACACCUGCCGGAGCAUGACUGUCUGGGCCACACUCCACACCUGCCGGAGCAUGACUGUCUGGGUCACUCUCCACACCUGCCGGAGCAUGACUGUCUGGGCCACUCUCCACACCUGCCGGAGCAUGACUGUCUGGGCCACUCUCCACACCUGCCGGAGCAUGACUGUCUGGGCCACUCUCCACACCUGCCGGAGCAUGACUGUCUGGGCCACACUCCACACCUGCCGGAGCAUGACUGUCUGGGUCACUCUCCACACCUGCCGGAGCAUGACUGUCUGGGCCACUCUCCACACCUGCCGGAGCAUGACUGUCUGGGUCACUCUCCACACCUGCCGGAGCAUGACUGUCUGGGCCACUCUCCACACCUGCCGGAGCAUGACUGUCAGGGCCACUCUCCACACCUGCCGGAGCAUGACUGUCUGGGUCACUCUCCACACCUGCCGGAGCAUGACUGUCUGGGCCACACUCCACACCUGCCGGAUCAUGACUGUCUGGGUCACUCUCCACACCUGCCGGAGCAUGACUGUCUGGGCCACUCUCCACACAUGCCGGAGCAUGACUGUCAGGGCCACUCUCCACACCUGCCGGAGCAUGACUGUCAGGGCCACUCUCCACACCUGCCGGAGCAUGACUGUCAGGGCCACUCUCCACACCUGCCGGAGCAUGACUGUCAGGGUCACUCUCCACACCUGCCGGAGCAUGACUGUCUGGGCCACUCUCCACACCUGCCGGAGCAUGACUGUCUGGGUCACUCUCCACACCUGCCGGAGCAUGACUGUCUGGGCCACUCUCCACACCUGCCAGAGCAUGACUGUCAGGGCCACUCUCCACACCUGCUGGAGCAUGACUGUCUGGGUCACUCUCCACACCUGCCGGAGCAUGACUGUCUGGGCCACACUCCACACCUGCCGGAGCAUGACUGUCUGGGUCACUCUCCACACCUGCCGGAGCAUGACUGUCUGGGCCACUCUCCACACCUGCCGGAGCAUGACUGUCAGGGCCACUCUCCACACCUGCCGGAGCAUGACUGUCUGGGCCACUCUCCACACCUGCCGGAGCAUGACUGUCUGGGCCACUCUCCACACCUGCCGGAGCAUGACUGUCUGGGCCACUCUCCACACCUGCCGGAGCAUGACUGUCUGGGCCACUCUCCACACCUGCCGGAGCAUGACUGUCCUCAGGCCAGGCUCCACACCUGCCGGAGCAUGACUGUCUGGGCCACUCUCCACACCUGCCGGAGCAUGACUGUCCUCAGGCCAGGCUCCACACCUGCCGGAGCAUGA